UUCAGAUCACGAAGGCCUUGCCACUUUAUCUUCGAAAUUCAUUCCUACUCCCAGCUUUUGGCAUCUCUGAAGAAAGCCAACAUGAAAUUUUUCGAGACACCAGAAUUUUCUGCUGGAGGCGAUAAAUGGACGAUGUGCUUCUAUCCUAAUGGAAAUGAGGCAAGAGGUGGGACGGGCUUCGUCUCCUUGUACUUGAGGAGGCAAAAGACUCCUGGUAGUCGAAGCAAAGAAGCUAGUGUUGCGAUGAAAUUUUUCGUAUUGGAACAAAACUCGGAUGAAUAUCUUGUCAUUGAAGAUUUGGGAGAAAAGCAAUUUGAUAUCCGGGGAAAAGAAUGGGGAAUUCCGCAGAUUCUGGAGAUUAAUUAUUUUAACGAGUCAGACAACGGAUUUGUUGUUGAUAACACUUGCACCUUUGGAGCUGAGAUUUUUAUUACAAGCAGUGAACCUAGUUUCUCUAAGACGUCGCUCGUAAAAACCAUUUCUAAACGCCUCUUUGAGUUGUCAAUUACACUUGAUUCUUCAGCCACGGAUAACAUAGAUUCUAUACCCUUCGUCACUAAAUUCGAUGGUGAAACUUACACCUGUUAA